ACGGCGGUCUGGCGACUGUCUGGCGGAAUUGUUUGUUGUUGGUGUGAGAUUCAUUUUACGUACUUAUUUGACUUGUCUGUGCAUAUUACUUGCAUUACUAAAAUCGCAGUUUCUGUGUGUGCCUAAAUUAAGUUGGUUCAGUUUAGAAAAGUCUGUCGACUAUUGGCCCAGAGUACAAAAUUGUUUAUAAAGCAUUCCAAAUAUUUCCUUUAAGUGAAAUUUAUCGUUUUGAAAAUAAUUAAAGUUUAUUUUUAAACGCACAAUUAAAAAUGCAUGCUGUGUUGAUAUCUACGGCCAAGUAUUAAAUGAUUACUUUAUUUCAGCCGUCAUUGGUAUCUACGAUUAUGUAUCUAGCGAGUUUACUGAUUCUGGGUACAGCAGGUUUUUCUGCAGCAGUGGGGCCCACGAAAGACUACAUUUUGUGUGCCCACUCUAAGACACGUAUUGAGGAUGAUAGUCCACUAGAUAGUGCCGGUGUUGAAGAACAGUUUAUAAAAUGUAAUGAUAGCUAUUGUUACACCCUGUGGCAAGAUGAUGGUAAUAAUAGGUCGGUUGUUAUGGGACAAGGCUGUUGGGUUCAGUCUGGUCAACCCAACGAUUGUGAUAAAUCGGAAUGCCUUGCCGACCGCAGACCUCCGCGGGCCAUAAAUAACACCAAAUUUUGUUGCUGUUCUAAAGACAUGUGCAACAUUAAUUUCACAGAUACUUAUGUUCCCGUAGAAGAACCACCUUCGAGCGAUUCAGAAAGCACCAAAAAAGAAAACGUGAACCCCCUUAUCUAUACAGCACUGGGCAUGUUCUUUUUUAUUGUGAUCCUUAUAACCGGUACCAUGUCUUAUUACUUUUGGAAAAGGAGACCGAAAAAGAGUGAUAUUGAAAACAAUCAACCGUUGCCUCCGCCACCUGAUUACAGUCUCGAUAAAUUGAAGCUUCUCAAUGUUAUUGGGCAGGGCAAGUACGGAUGUGUGUGGCACGGCCAAAUAGAGCAGGAAGAGGUCGCGGUGAAAAUAUUCCCGGCCCAUAAUCGAACAUAUUUCUACAACGAACACGAAAUAUACAAAAUGGCGGGCGAGCAUCCGUCGAUCGUCAAAUGUUUCGGUGGCGGCGAAUACGUUCGAAUACCCGGCCAUCCAGAUUAUCUACUGCUGCUCGGUUUAGAGCGGGAGAGUUUGCAGGAAUAUCUGAAAAAUAAUACUCCGGAUCUAUUGGUUUUGUCAAAAAUGGGGUUAGACAUAGCCAAGGGCUUGGCCCAUUUGCAUAGCGAUCUGGGCAAACCUUGUAUCGCCCACAGGGACUUGAACACGAAAAAUAUACUAGUUAGGGCGGACUUGUCGUGUUGCAUAUGUGAUCUGGGACUUGCCGUUAUACCGAAAAGAAGCGAGAACAAAGCCUUGAGCGAAGCAGGCACGCUCCGCUACAUGGCGCCGGAGGUAUUGGAAGGGGCGGUAAACUUGUGCGAUUGCGGCAGCGCCCUGAAACAGAUCGACGUCUACGCGUUGGGUCUGGUCCUGUGGGAAUUGGGUACGCGAUGCGUGGACACCCAAAACGCGGAACCGUCCCCCUAUUGCCCCCCGUUCUUCAAGGAAACGGGGGAGAAUCCCACCUUGGAGCAAAUGCAGACGCUCGUCAGCAGACGGAAAGUGCGACCCCUUUGGCCCGUCUCCUGGAAAGAUACCGCCGCCGCUAGGUUGUUGUGCGAAACCGCCGAAGACUGUUGGGAUCAGGACGCGGAGGCCCGUCUGACGUCGUUGUGCGUCGUCGAACGUUUCCUCGAGUUGCCCAACUUGCGGGGGCGCGUCCUUCACCCCGUGCACCCUCCCGCCAGUCCGACGCCUUUAAUAAACAACAACCAUCUGCGCGAGCAUCCGAUCGAAGUUUCGGCCGCCACCGUCGAGACGCUGCUCUCGCCCAGCGACGACAACCGCAAAAAUUCGAACCAGUUGGCGGCGCUGCGCCGUCCCCACCACGGCAGGAACCCGUGCCUCGAGCGGAACCUGCUGUCCGAUUCCUGCGACGAUUUGCUGGUAGACAAAUCGUCGAAACACGUGAACAGUUCGGAGUCCCGUAGCCUCGUCACCAACGAGGUGUUCAAUUUCCAAAUCAACAGCCGCGCCGCACCGAUUCCUUACCUGCAGAACGCGGUGCUGAUCCCGAAAAGGCAGAACGACGCGGGCCAAGCUGCGCAGACGGCGUCGCGCAAGCGGAAAUUCAAAUGGGGCGGCUUGAAGAACUUUUGGAACCCGAGAAAGUUCUCGGGCAGUUCGACGGCGCGAAAGGACACCCAGGUCAAGCUCAGGACGAAAUCGAUGAACGGGAACGGCGUCACCACCGCCCUGCUGGCCGACGAAGGUUCGAGACGGCGCCCGUCGACGCUGAGCCUGGCGAAAUCGCCAGAUAAUAGCGGCGCGCAGUGCUCCGGUUAUACGAUGUUGAAGAGGAAAGACAGUUUGUCGAGACAGAGUUCAUUGGAGCAGUUUCGGGAGGUGUUUUCGUCCGCGACCGACCUGUCGAGAUUGAAGGAUCCGUCGCGACGUGUCAAGACGCCCGGCGACGUGCCGCCGUCGGUGCGCAGGACGCGGGGCAAAGCGGCCGCGAAUUCCGCCAGGUUCUCGCUGUACGACGACAGCCUGAUGGGGAAAUGCCAGUGGGGCAGCGCCCCGGACUUGGAACCCCGUUCGAACGAGCAGCGAGACAAGGAUAGCGUGAGCAGUUUUUGAUUGUUUUUUUAACAAGGCGCGUGUUUUUUUUUUAGGUUAAGGCGACAAGUGGAAACAAUAAAUGACCCUUUUUCCAAAACUAACCAAAACGCGACCCCAUAGAUAACGAAACAAAAUCGUUUGUCGUUGGCGUCGCAACAAAUGAAGGUCGAAACCUUCGACAGGGGUAGAGAGGGGUCUAUCGUGUGUAAAUAUGUACUUAACUAAAGUAGACAUACAGUUCGUCCGCAGUUCUGUUCAAAAAUAUUCAACAAUUUUUUUUUACUUUUUUGUGACCUAUUUUUUUACGGCACUAAUUUUUUAAAUGGUAUAUUUAAAAAUACACGGAAGUUUGAAAUUCAAAAAAAUUGAAAUAAUGAACCAUAAAUUUGAAAUAUUUUUUAAAAUUUGAAAAUAGGAAAACCCAUUAUUUUCGUUUUACUUUAAAAAAAAGUGUCAAUAUUAUUACACUUUUAAACAGUGAAAGUAGGUUUUAUUGGAUCGAAUCGAUAUUCAAAGUUAAAUACCAAACAAUUAAACUUAUUAAGUGCUAAAAAGGGAAGAACAUUUAUUUGUCGCCCUUUAAACAAAACUAAUUUUGUGAACUUACUUCUUACUGUGGAGAUUCACAUUUUACAUUAUUUAAGUAAGUUGUACAAAUAGUUUUAUGCUUUAAAUUAAUUUUUAAAAUUAUUUAUUUGUUAUAUAUACAGUGUGUCCCGUAAGUGCCGGACCGACAUAAGUUUUAAAAUUUUAAAUGGAAGACGCUAUAUAUUUUAAUUUUUUCGGAAUCCUUGCCAAAAAUAAAGGUAACUUUGUGUAGGUUAGGCAGAAAUUGAGAUUAUAUAUUUUUUGAUGCAAUAUUAUGUUGUUUAGUAGAUAUUGUCUUCCACGGCUGUCAGUAAUGACUAUUUGAUCAAAUUUUAAACACUUAAAUACGUCCUUCUAACGAUCUACGAUAACUAGGUAUUUUAAAAUUAUACAGGGUGUCCAUGGUGUCCCAUACCUAAAUCUAAUGGUUUUAGAAAUAUUGACACCUAAUUAUUUUAAAGAAUUUUAAAAAAGCAUGUCAUUCUUAUUUUUUAAUUAAUUUCAGGGAUGUUUGCAAUGGCCGGUGGGCCUUUUUUGUAGGUAAAGUAAUACAGAGAUUUGUAAUUUUGUAAAUUUGUAUUCUGUAAAUAAUAUGUAUAAUUAUGAUAGAAGUUUAAAAAUUUAUAACAAGUGACAGUAACAAGUAAAAGCAACAAACAACAGUAACUGUAAUAAUUGAAAUAAAAACUAAGGUACAACGAAAUAGCAAAAUCUACAUUAGGUUUAAAAAAUGUCCUUUAAUUUAAGACACCCUGUAUAAAUUUAAAAUACCUAGUCAUCGCAGAUCGUUAGAAAGAAGUCUUCUGAAAAUGUGUUUAAAAUUUGAUCAAGUAGUCAUUACUGCCAGCCGUAGAACUAAGAACAUAAUUUUGCAUAAAAAAACAUAUCUCAAUGUCUGCCUGAACUACACAAAAUUUGAAUAAGUAAUUUCUAGAAAAGUUACUUUUAUUUUUGGCAAGGAUUCUAAAAAUAUAAAACUAUACUGGGUGUUCCGUUUAAAAUUUUAAAACUAAAUCGGUCCAGCACUUAUCAGACAACCCUGUAUAUAUAAAAAAUAAAUAAUUUUAAAAGUUUAUUUAAACCAUUAAAACUUUUGUAUAAACUUUUUUUUCUAAAAUCAAAUGAUACUGGCCCCUAAUAAAGUGCCCACCUUGUACAAAAAUAUUUAAAAGAUAUGGACCCAAAUUCACUAAUAUUGCGAAUAUUUUAAACGUUUGACUGUGGAACACAAAAGUGAGUUAUUAAUUAAUUAUCUGUAAAACGUAACCCAGUUCAUUUAUAUUAGUCAUAAAAGACGUAAACUAUCGUAGAAAAACUAAACCGGAACAAAUGAACUGUUUUCUACCAAGCAGUCGAUAAUCUUCUUGGUAUCGUCCCCUCUCUUACCUUACCAAAGGUUAAAACUGUCAUGCGUGCCAUAUUGGCGUUAGUGGUUUCUGAAUUUCGGCAGACUGCGAAAAUGACAAUAAAUGUUAAUAUUAAUUAUUUUCUAUUUUAAAGCGUCACUUUCAUUUCAUAUAAUACACUGGUUAACUCAUAUAACUAUUGAAAAUUCUAGUUACUUUAUCAUGUGAUUGCAAAGUUAUUAACAAAAUGCGUUUUCAUUAGUAUGGGCUAAGUUUUCACGUUUCUAUAUACAGAAUGACUACUACAUAUUAUGGCGGGAAAAUUUAGUUCACAUUCCAAUCGCGUUGGCAGCACAGGAGCACGAUUUUUAUUUAUCUGUGCUUUACCAGCGUCGUUAAUCACGAACGCAAAGUAUUUCCCGACUUUGAUUUUGAAGACGAAAGUAAAAGUCGUAACACCAUAACAACGUGGACGUUUAUUAUUAAUUGCAAGCCUUAUUGCGCUAUCUCAAACUCUUUUAAGUGAUGGUUGACGUUUUACGAAAUUUUACUUUCAGAGUGUACCGUAAACUUUUUCUUGGAGUAUUUCGUUCAGAAGAUGGUAUUUGCUGCCGUUUCGCAUUAUAUGGCCUCUUUUUUAUAGUGCCCAUAACUUCCUUUUCCUUGUUCAUUCUCUCCAGCACUGACUCAUUUAAUACCCGGUCCACCCAUGAGCGUAGCAUCUUAAGAGUCUGAUUUUAAUGGUCAGGUCUAGAUUGUGGCUUUUUAAAAAGCUUUGACAUUUUGAUAAAGGCUUGGCCUUUAUCAAAAUGUCACUGCACUUGAUCUCACUUAAUUUCUUGAGAGUGAUCCCAUUGUUCAUUAAUUGUCGUUCUGAGAUUAGUGAACUUAGGAACCCGUUCGACUGAUCUCUCUCUAAUGAACAGUUGAACUUGGUUUUACUAAUAUUCAUGCUUAGGCCGUAUUUGUCACUGGCGUCGUUUAUCCUCUUCAUUAACUCUUGCAAGCCAUUCAAGCUGGCUGUUGUUAAUACGUUCUCCGUUCAGUAGAAUUCAAUUGUCGAUAUUUUCCAAGGCUGUAAUGAAUAUUUCCUCCGAGAACAAGUGGAAGAUCAAAGGAGAAAGAGUACAUCCCUAUCUAACGCCACGUUGUAUAGCAGUGGCAUUGACUUGCUUAUCUGUAUCAGACUUUAUGAGGGCUGUUUGGUUCAAGUUUCCUAUGAUUCUAAUAUACUUGCAUCAUCCGCUCGUGUUGUACCUUAUCAAACGUCACAGUUCACAAUACGGCAUCGCUCGAACAGCACUUGCAGAUUAAACAAAGCAUCUCUUGUACCAACUCCUUUUUUAAAGCCAAACUGCACCUUUUCUUCGCAUAUCCUGUAUAUUCUUCGGUGAAUUAUCUUAAGAAAUAGUUCCCACACGAAUUCAGUGAUAAGCCAUUCUCUUGGAAUGUUUCCUGUGUCAUAGAUAUCGUUAAAAAUGUUCGUUAGUAGUUAUACAGAUUUGUCAUCAAGAAGUUUGAAAAAUUUUGAUUGUAUUCCGUCUGGCCCUGGAGCUUUUCCUUGUUUCAAGGACUUAAUGGCGGCCCAGCUUCUGCUUGGGAGGUUGGGGAGUCUCCUCUUCUAUAGUGGAAUGAAUGUUUCUUUAAUGUCUGUGAUUUAGCAGGAUGUGAUCGAUCUGAUUUCUUAUGAUGACGUCCUUUCCGUUAUCUCUGGACGAUUUUCACGUAUAUAUUCGUCUCGGUGGUAGUUUAUAGAAUGUGUUUAGUAUAACUAGGUUGUGUUCGGCUGCUCCAAGUCCGUAAGGCCCAAUGUGUCCGCCCGGUCUUCCUCUGCCUACUUCAGCGUUAAAGUAUCGCAUUAGUAUUAGGAGUUCAUGUUUCGGCAAUUUUCUUAUCAGGUCGUGAGUCUUCGCAUAACAUAAGCAGAUGAAAGAUCAACCCAAUUAGAUUAUAGUUAUGACAAUAUUUUAAGGGUUCAUAAGGAUUGAUUGAUUAUUUUUUCUCUCUCUUUUUUUUAUAUUUAGUAAUAGUGAGAAGUGGGGUAAGGUGGGGCAUAGAAAGGGAGAAUAUUUAGUUGAUUUUUCAUUAACUAAUCACAAACGAAUAGCAAAACAUAAAAAAAAAUGUAAAAAUAGAAAUUUAUCCCAAUUUCGGCAUUAAAUUAAAACGAAAAUUUGUCAGAUUUUCAUAGUUAUUUUUAAAUAAUUAAAUUAAAUUAAAUAACUGCGUAGAUCUAAACAUUUUUUGUUCUAGUUUAAUCGUGUUAAAUGAAUUUUCAUCAAGUAAAGGCCACCAGAAUCCAAGCAAUAUCGCCAUCGCAUUUAACCCAAUCUUCGGCUGGAGGCUCGGUGUAAAUUUCAGAUUGUUUUAGGGCUUCUUUGAUAGUUUGUUUUCCGGCUUUGAAAACGUUUCUUUUCUCUCAGAUUUUCUUUAUUGGGAGUUGAAGUCAGUUGCUUCUUUCUCUUUGCUUUCAGGACCGUACAAACCUUAUUUUACGGCACAGUGUCAUUAUAACGAUCAUAGAUAAAAUGGUAUACUACGCAAUAAGUGCGGUAAACGGCAUUUAACAUAAAGAGUUUACCAAACGUGUCGCAUAUUAUACUUUUUCUGUGGGAAACUUAGUACCACGUAAUAUUUAAAGUGUCUGAUAUAUUGCAUAACAUUUUUCUGUAUAUUUUGGGUACAUUUUUGCGAAACAACACCAAUACAUUCACUGACAUCAGAAUUGACAAACGUCAACAUUUAAACCGAGCGGUAAAAUCCCGGAAAUGUCCGAAGUGGCUCGGAUCCGUGGGAAACGAAACUGACGCAUUAAAGUGACGCUUCCCGCACGCUAGACCGGUGGGUAAUUAGGUAUUUUACAGACGGGAGUAGAAAAACAAAAUUUCAACUAUUCAAUUCGAACGUAGUUUUAAAGAUUAAAACAGGAAACUCCGAUAAUAUGGGUUUACCCUUUGGCAAUAUCCAAGCGUUUAAAGUUGGCGUCCGACUGCUUUACUUAAAAUGCAAGUUCUUAUCGGGCUCUCUUCGUAUCAUCAAAUCCAGAAUGAGCCGAUUAAAGGUUCAAAUGUUUGUUUACCGUCACCAGCGAAGAAAAAAUUCGCGAAUACUCUGUGCACCAAUGAAAUUCGCUGUCAGAACGCGGCAAUUUUAAGAAGCUCCGCGUCAAGGCCGAUAUCGAACGAUUUUGUUCUCGGAAAGUCUUCAGAUUUUGCGGAUAUUUAUUGGUUCCACCGACACUAUUCAUGAGACUAAUUGUCAGAGUGAUUAUACUAAAUGCCUAUGUAAUUACCCACUUCAGAGAUUUCGAUAAUGAUCAAUCAGUAUCCCAAUUGGUCAGAACUGAUAGUUAGGGUAGAAACGAAUAGAUCUUUUAUAAAAUACUCUACGCGUAAGAUUAAUUUCUCGUCACAAUUGUACUGGUAGAAAUUGUUGUGCAAUACGUGUGUAAUUGUGCAUAAAAUGCAAGAUUAAGCGUAGUAUUAGUACCGUUAAUUUUUUUUUAAGAUGAUUCUUUAGUGUAGAUUUGUGUUUGUAAAAAUUUAAUUAUCUCCGCUACUAAUAUGGUUACAGAAAUGUUUAAAUUGAAAAUUAGAAUAUACACAAACAGGACAAGAACGGUCACGCCCUGUCGCGUACGUCAGUAUAUAUGCGAAAUGGGGGCGGAGCUUGGAGUGCUGUUUAUGACGCCGGCCCGUUAUAGGGAGAAGACUGGCACAAUCACAUUGCUAGUCGACAAAUCACUCAAUAGCCUUGGUAGUGACGAAUUAUUUUGUUUUAACGCGAUAUUUAUUUAUGGAACUAAUUGGGAAAAGAACAGUUUUUUUCUUUUUCUUUUUAAAUCUGGUUGCCCCUUAGUUGUUACAGAAACCAGUCUUGUCAAAUUUCAUUUCAACAAGUUUUGAAAAGCUUCACUUUAAAUCUCAAAAUUUGAAAAAACUUUAUUCGUGUAAUUUCGCCUUAACCAACGAGGUGUGUUCAAAAAGUAAGGUGACUUUUAAGUUUUAACACUUUCUGGAAUAGCCUUGAUUUCUUCUAGCUAUAUUUUCUUUAUCUCCUCAAAGCUCUUUUCUUUCAUGGUUUCAUGGUUCAUAGUUAGAGACAUGCAACGAUAAAUUUUUUCGUAUUGCUUCUCGCAAAAGGCUUAUAACCUCAACUGCUUUAUUCCUUUACUCAAUACUCUUUAUUGACCGUACGACCUUGUGGUAAGAACUUCUCGAUGUAUUACGCCACAGUAAUAAAGCAAAACGUGCUCUUUUCGGUCUUGGCGAUCCUGGUUUCUUCCAUAGGACUGACUGGGUUUUGGUUUCGACCUCAUAACCAUAUACCUAUGAUUCGUCACCAGUUUAUGACCUUUUUACAAAACUUCUGGUUUUUGCCGAGUCGAACUUGCUGACGCUCUGAAGAAGCCAACAGAAUGAUGGUCGGCCAUCAAACAUUUAUUUUUAUUUUUGCUCAAAGUAGACUCACCAUAUGCCGUUGUCAACAUUUCAAGCGUUUUACAACACUCUAUUCCAUCUUUUUACACAAAAUUUUAUGCAAAUACUUCGUACCAUUUUUUUUUUGACAGCAGAGAAUCGUCGAGCACACAAAACACACAAAAAAUUAAACCUGCAAACUGGCUGAAACUGUGAACAUAUAUCACAAGAAAUCUAUGAAGCCCGCAUAAUUACAAGAGUCGCCUUACUUUUUGAACGCACCUCGUAUAUUAUUUUGAUUAGUAAACACUUAUUUCGGAGAUAGCUGCGGUAGGAAUAAUAGUGAAAUUACGAACAGCACAAACUAAAAUACAUUCAAUUAUUUUAGCAUAUAUGAUUGUACAUAGUAUUGGAUUUUAAGUGUAUCGGUUAACAGUUGCUUUUUGUCGCGAGAAACAUGAAAAUACUAUUAAAAACUAGCUAAACUAAAAAUAUUUAUAAUUAAUUGUUAGAAUUUUACAUUGUACAUUGUGUACUAACCAAAACUACCAAUAGCCUUGUUACGUAAAAUUGGACAGUUGGACCACUGUAUAACUCUUCGCUAUUUACGAACAGUCCUUCGAUAAAUUUUUUUUCGGUCACAGACCAACAGUUAAAAAGUUAUUUCGAAUAUUUAUUCUCAACUUCCAAUAUAGGGCUUUGACCUAUAACAAAAAAAAAACGGCUUCCCCCGCGGACCAUCCGACCUUCAUACUGGCGUUAACAGGAAAUCGCAGCGGGGCCGACAAUGACUAUACCUUUAAAACACUCACUAGACUCUAAAUCCGAUUCCAUAAUUUUUGGGGACGGUUGCAAGGGAUUCUGUCUGUAGCGGUUAACCGCCAUGUGCAAUGCUCACGACAGAAUCACCACUGUAUAAACUCGAUGUCGAAACUGACAUCUGUCCAUUAAUUUGACGCGUCAGUGUUGCCACCCUAAACCAGAAAACCAUUUUAACCCGUAUAAAUCUUUCUCACGAAAAGCAACUAUUAGCAGCGGUAAUUAUUUUUAUUGAUUUUUCUGGCUGUGUGAUUGAGUUUACGCGCAUUCCUGUUGUAUUUAAGCUUUAAGCAAUUUUGUAUAGUUUGUAAGGCGUAUGAAACCAUUAAUUUCGAUCGUACAAUAAGAUUUCAAAUCUUUAAGUUGAAGAUUGAACAAUAUAUUUCUUAAAACUA